UUAUGACGUUUACCCUCAUUUCAAGUAGCCCAACAAACAAUCGCCAGUCGCCAUUUUUAGUGAUCAAAGUAAAGAGCACGUGAAGCGAGUCUUUUUCCGCGUUUAUUUGGAAAUGAAGAAGGCGGAAAAAGGCGGUGGAAAUCGUGUGCGAAAUGUAACGAAGAUGUCACCUUGAAUAACGUUUACUAAUGAAUUAGGUUUUAAGAUUUUAAUUUCCACGCACAGCCUGUGAUAGUACUAUUACAACUACAAGUGUAUUUAUAAUUUAUUUUUGGAUGAUGUCGUCGACAAGUAGAGAGGUGAGGGAGUACGUUUCGACGUUGGACGAUUUGACGUGCAACAGUAAACCGAUGAUAAACGUGCUUACAAUGUUGGCUGGAGAGAAUGUUGCCCAUGCAUCCGAUAUCGUCGCCACCAUCGAAUCUCAUCUCGAUAAGGUGCCCAAGGACAUCAAGUUGCCAGUGUUGUACCUCAUCGAUUGUAUUAUGAAGACUGUCGGUGGAAUCUACUUGUCCCUCUUCAGUCAGAACAUUGUUUCCACAUUUUGUCAAACUUUUGAAGUGGUGGACGAAAAAACUCGUUCAGAAAUGUUUAAGCUGCGCCAAACAUGGAAUGAUGUCCUCCCAAAAACGAAACUUUACAACUUAGAUGUGAAGGUCAACCAACACCUGGACCCGGCUUGGCCAAUUUCGGAUCCCCCCGUCACAAAUAACAUUCAUUUAAAUCCGAAAUUUUUACAAAAUAUGACGCUUCCCAAAAAAAGCCCCCCCAUCGCGAUCCCAACGUCUGCGAAUGCGCCCCCAGAGGUCGGACCUUCAACCCUCGAUAUGCAGAAGAAGUUAUUGAUGAAGCAACAGCAGUUGUUGGAGUUGCAGCAGAAGAGGCUCGAAUUGGAGGUGUUGCAGGCGCAGGUUAAAUUACAAGAAAGGAUAAAUAUGGGAAAUGGAACUUCUAGUACUACAGAUGGACCGAAAAUAAAUAAAGCACAGAAUAUUUUGUUGAAGCCUGAAGUUGCAAAGCAGUUAUCAGGGGGCACUAACAAUUCAAAAAACUCAAAACAAUUAACUUCAUCAUCUGUAAUGAAUAAAAGAUUACUUCCAAACGCCGGUAAUUCUGGAGUAUCAAAUGCAUCAACCCCAAAAAUAACACCCGUAAAUAGUGCGCUGGUGGCAGCAGCAUCGAGUGGUCGAACGAGGGACCCGCGAUUAGCCCGACUUCAAAGUAGUGGUGGCUCAACAGCGACGUCCGCGCCCAUCAAUACCACUGUUAGUUCUAAUGUGCCGUUAGAGAAUAAAUCAAAUAUAAACGCAGAGACAUUAGGUUCAAACGCUAACAAUAAUAAAUCAUUAAACAUUAAUAAAGCGAGUGUUCAGGGCAACAGCCGUUCAGACCCCCGUUCACAGGUUUCUAGCAAAGGUAGCGCACCUCCUUCCGCGCAAACCAAAUCAAAAACGCCUACAACCCAAUCCUUAACGAAAAAAUCUGAUAAAUCGUCCGAUUUAUUUUCCACAAAGGCGGUUAGAGCUGGCCGUUCAGGGUCUAAACUCUCUAGCCCAUCAAAAGGAAGUAGUGGCUCCGCAAGCUCUCUCGAUUCGUCUCCCACAAAAAAUAAAAGCGGUAAAAGUGAGUCGAAGACCGGCGGUAGCCGCUCCUCUUCCGCUUCGCCCAAUAAACACAAAAAGAAAGAGAAAAUCCCGAAAAUAACCUCGUCCAGCGUACCAACGUCCUCUUCUUCCUCCUCGUCCUCCUUAAACAAUUUGGGUAAGGCUGAUAAAGAGAGCAGGACCCUCUCGCCGGGUAAAUCGCAGAGUGACGCUUUGACCACGACGUUUAAAGAACUAAAACCCAGCUCUAAAAGUCGGAAUUACAUCCGUCGCAAUCGAGAUUUAUCCGUCAGCCCAGAACCAGUUCGAGACGUCGAUCUUCGUUUGAGCGGACCACCAGAGAAACAAGCAAGACUACAAUGUGAUAUCUCCGAGGAUAAUGGAAAUGGUACAUUUCCUAAAUAUUUAAUAGGUUCUACAGAUGAUCUCACUGUGACAGGUAUGGACGUCGAUUUAAGACAUUUACCUUCGAUGGUCAGCAAGAAACGUUCUUCAACUGACAAUCCAGACCCGAGUUUAAACGUUUCUAGCAAAAAAUCGAAAACGGAGGUGUUUGAUGAAUUAUUUGGUAAUGAAGAUACAGAUUUGCGUCAACUUACAUCCGUGGUAAAUACACCUUCUCAAGAUAGACCCCCAACACCGCCUCCUCCAAUUAUUUCGUCGAAACCUGAAGAAGAAAAGUCUGAGAAGGUUAAAAAGUUAGAUAUAUUAAGAGCGAAAUUAGCUAAUGCUACGAAUAGGGAAAAAUUAAGGACUAAGCAGGAACAGAAACAAAAAGAUACUGAUUUGCGCGGUGGAACUAAUAGUGCAGAUGAUUCUAUGAGUCGAAUAAUAAUAUCCUCCGCAGAUGAACAAUGCAUAAAAACCGGAAAUAUGACUAAAGAACAAGAAAAGGCGUUAAUGAACAAGAUUUUGGCGCAAAUGGAAAAUCAAAAAUUAAAUGAAGCAAAACGAAAGGAUAACGAAGAGAAUUUGGGAAAUAUUACGUUACAACCGAUUAGUGAUGAUGAAUUAGAAGCUAAUUUUAGUUGUAGUUCCGAUGAAGAUACAGCUACUUUUAGACGAAACAUUUAUGUUGAUAAAGAUGAUAGAGUACCUCAAGUUAAUAAUAACGAAUUUAACAAAUUUCCAAGAGGCCCAGAUAGAGGUGAUUUAAGACGUGGAAUGUGGCGGGGACGUCCUGUGAGAGGACGAGGAAUGAUCAGAGGAGGAAUUCGGCUACCCAUGAGACCAGGAGAGAAUUGGCCACGACCAUUAAAUGGGCCAUGGAAACCAAUGCAAUCAAAUUUUAUAAAACAAUCACCAAUUUACAACAACGAAGUUAUUGAUUUGGAUAGUUUAGAACAAGAACAAACAACAACUGAAAAUAGCCCACAAGAAUUAGUCGUCGAUUGUGCCAAUCAAGAUAACACAAAAUCAAUAAAUAUCGACGGGUACCCAAGAGAUAUCCGUUACUACGACGAAACCGCGAUUAUUUUCAUGUCUUGGGAUGAGCCCAAAGAGAUCUCGUUUCAAAGUGGAGUAAGAAAAGUGAUUUUCGGCGAUAAAGAUAUUUAUUAUUUGUCAUUUAACGAACCUUAUAAGGAAGUGUUAAUUAAUGGAAGUCCGCACAAUGUGAAAUUGGGGGCGCCGACUCGAGAGAUUUACGUCGACGGAAAAAAUUACGAAUGUUUUUUUGGCGGUCCGCAAGUCUUUAUCGAUCUCGACGGGAAAUUGACCUCUUUGAAAAUGGAGGGACCCCCGCCUCAAGUUAAAAUCGGAACGGAAAUACGCAAAGAUUUAGUCGCCGGACAAAUUAAUUUAAUAAUCGAUGCGAAAACGGUCGUUCCCGUUUAUUUAGACGGAAAAUUACAAAAAUUCGAAAUCGACGGGAAACCAAAUACACUUAAGUUUAUUGACGCUUUAAAAACGGUGAUGAUUAACGAUAUUCCGUUUACCGUCGAAUAUGGGGGACUUCCAAAACCGAUUAUUGUGCAGGAAAAAAAACAUUUUAUUCGAUUUACGCGGUUACCACGCGGGGUGCAUCCUGGGGUUGUUAGGAUUAAAGAUAUGGAAGGAUUUCGCCCGGAUAGUCCUAAAAUUGAGAGUGAGAAUAGUAUGGAAGCUUUCCCGGUUGUUGAUGCUAAUGAGCCAGCUUUACCUGUGGUUGCUAAAAAGCGGAAACUUAUCGGGGUUGAAUCACCCGAUAGAAAUUCAAAUUCGCCAGUUCCUAAUUUAUUCCAACAAACGGGGUUAAAUAACUUAGAUAGUGUUUUAUCGAGUGUUAUGGCAUCAAACUUACUUGCAAACCCAACAAACUUAAAUAUAAGUACAAAUGGAUAUCAAGUUGAAAAUCAACCGAAAGAAAUUCCGAUGCAAGAAGCACCUCAAGAAAUUCACGAUGUACCUGUUAACCAAUCGACAACAACAACACCAAAUCCAGCUCCGUUAAUUCCCACAACCUUAAAUAUUAACGAUUUGUUCCAAAAAUUAGUCGCAACUGGAAUAAUGACCACAUUGCAAGAACAAAAGAAUGUGACCCCCGAAGUUACAAUACCAGCCCCCCAAAUAAUUAAUAAAAACAUUAAUCCUCCUCUUGUGAAUAGUAAUAUCGUAAAUAAAUUACCCCAAAUACCUUCACCACCUCACAAAAUCACCCCAGUUAGUAGUUUCUUAAGAAAGGAAAUGCCACAAUUUUACAGAGCGGUUAAUUUUGAUAAGCCUGAAACUUUAAAAACUCGGCAUUCGAGUUUAGUGCAUUCCCUUUAUUCAGGGAUGCCGUGUAGUACGUGCGGAAUGCGUUUCCCACCGGAACAAAGCAUGCAGUAUAGCCAACAUCUCGAUUGGCACUUCCGGCAAAAUCGCAAGGGAAAAAAGAAUAUUCGAAAAGCAGCCAGUCGCAGGUGGUAUUAUUCUUUAUCCGAUUGGAAAAAUUACGAAGAAAUCGAAGAUUUAGAGGAGCGCGAAAAAAGUUACUUUGAAAACCAACAGCAAGCGCAAGCCGAAGGCAAUGACGAGAUUGAGGAAGAAAUUGAAAUUCCUAGCGUUCCCGCUGACCCAAACAUACAAGAUCCCCGAUGCGAAGUUUGUCACGAUCGUUUCGAUCAGUUUUAUAAUGAAGAAAAGGAAGAGUGGCAUUUAAAACUAGCUAUUUGUGUUGAUGGAUUGAAUUAUCAUCCUUUAUGUUAUGAAGAUUACCAAGCCUCUUUAGUUGAUACAACAUUAGAGGAUUCAGCAAUAGAAAAAGAAGAUGAAACAACCCAAGAUAGUACAAUACCAGGUUUAGAUACUUUACCAGAAGAAAAAAUGGAAGAAACCACAUCCGAAAUUGUAAUAGAUGACGACGAAUCGGAAAAAUUAACCGAAAUUUCUGAAACUAAAGAUAAAGAGGAAAUAUCGCAAGAAGCGUUUCCGGAUGAUCCGGAAGAAAAUGAUGAUGAUGACGAUGAUGAUGUAAUAAUAAAUGAAAUUGUCCCGGAAAAAAUCGAUUUGGUUGAUGAUGAUCGUUACGAUGAUCUCCCCGAUGAAAAAUUAGAACCUAGAGUGAUCCAAAUUAAAGAGGAACCGAUUGAUGAUGGUUUUGUUGAUGUUGAUGGCGCUAUUUUUAAAAUGGAUAUUGAUAGUGUGAAGAUAAAAAGCGAGCCAAUUGAUCCAGAUGAAUUGGAGGGUGACGAUUUAUUAUUAGUGGAUGGUGGGGGAGUUGAUGUAGCUGAAAAAAUAACUUCAGAACCGGUAACGGACGCCCACCCAACCGACCUUGUGACGCAUAUGGACGGUAACGUAGAGUUCUUUGACUCGAACGUUCAACCAACAACCGGUAUUAGUGGUAAAAUAAAAAUAAACAUAACGAAACCGUUGCCUGUAAUUGCGCCUAAAGAGAGUAGUACCAAUAAAGAGUUGAGUAGCGAAAUUGAGAAAGGUGGUGAAUCUAUAGACCCGUCCCAACCCUUGCCCCCCGGCGAGGAGCCUGUCCAGCUCAACGUCAAGCCCGCGCUGCGGGGUAUCAACCUCAAAAAAAUGGCCCCAGUUAAAAAGGGAGCCGAACUCUCUGGACUUUGUUCCAUUAUGUGAUCUAGUUCCCCAUCUUGUUCUAUAAUAAUUCAAAUAAUUAAAGUUAAAUUAAUCGAUUCAUUUCUUUUAGAGAUGCGAAUGGUUAUUAGGUUCUCUCAUUACAUUUUUUUGUACAUAUUUAUUGUAAAUAGACUAAAGAGAUGCCGAUAUUUUGUAUAUACUACAUACUUACAGAAUUUUUGAAAAAAAAGGUAUAAAAAAGAUAGUAUUUCUUAUUUUAACGUUAAAAAUUAAUUAUUUUUUUGUACCGGUAUUGUUGAAAAACUCGUUAUUGACUAUUGGAUAAUCCACAAGUUUUCUUUAUUACACAACAUGGGAUUUGAUUUAAACUAAAAAUAAUAUUUCCUUUCAAAUUUCUUGACAAUUUUAAAAUCGAACUGAACAAUUAAUUAAUUAAUUAAUUGGUGAUUUUGUAAAGUGACGAAAUAAAGCCUUAUUUGUUUUCAAA